AUGAAUAGUAAAUAUCAAAACUCAGGAUGUAAACUAAAAGAGGAUGGUCCAUCUGAUGGAUUAUAUAAUUAAUCAAAAUAAAGUGCUGAUUUUAAUGGGAACUUAGAGUUCUCAAAAAAUAAGAGUAAUUCUGUUGUCUCGUCUUUAAAUGGAAUGUCAGAACAUAUAAAUGAUGUAACGCCACCAUUUGGAAAUAAGGUUGAUUUGAAAGGAUUUUAAGCUGCUGAUUUAGAAUUAUUCCCAUUUGAACCAAAAUCAGAAAAAAACAAGUAUUAUAAAUAUAUUUACAGUCUAAGUUUUAGAUUUUUGUAUGAAUUUUGGCCUUCAUUCAAUUAAAUUUUUUGUUAUGGUAGAUUGAUGACAGGUCCAAAAGGUGAUAGAUAUCAUAAUAUGUUUACUUGGAUUAUGAUUAUUGGUAUAAGUACUUGUUUUUUUGUUAUUGUUGCUCCAUAUGUUUGGUAAAAAUUGCAUUGGCUUUAUGUUUUAAUUGUAAUUUAUUUAUUCUUAAGUACAAUACUAUUUUUAGUGUUAACUUAAGUAAUUAUAUAAAUUAUAUUUUUAAAUAGUUUUCUGAUCCAGGAAUAAUCCCAAGAAAAACUAUUUUAGAAUUAUCUGAUUAGAAUACUCAUUUUAUUAAUAAAGAAGAAGCAAAAAUAGAAGGAACUGGUGGUUGUCCAGAUAAAAGAAAAAAGAAAUAUUAAAAUUAAGAAUAAAGAGUAUGUUCAACUUGUUUAAUUGUAAAACCAUUAAGAUGUUCUCAUUGUAAAGAUUGUGGAAAUUGUGUUUAAGUAUUUGAUCAUCAUUGUCCAUUUGUAAAUAAUUGUAUAGGAUAAAGGAAUUAUCGUUUUUUUAUAGCUUUUCUUAUAUCAUUAUUAUUAUUGGCUAUAGGAGAAUUAGGAGGAUUUUUGAUUUUAUUUAUAGGAAACUUUGGAGAAGGUAUUUCAGGAAAAGAUGGCAUAUGUAAUUAUAUUUUAUAUAAAUUAAAAGUGAUUUAGAAUUAGACUAUUUUAGUAAUAGUGUUAUUUGCAUUAGGAAUUCCAACAAUAUUAUUGACAUUAUGUAUUUUAGUGUUUGUUUGUUUCCAUAUUUGUUUGGCUUACAAUGGUAAAACUACAAAAGAAUAACUUUAAAAAAAGAAGAUAACUAGUAAAGGUACUAUCCCAUCUACUGUAUGGUGUGAUAAAGCCAAAUCAUUAUUUAAUCUACGUCAAAAAAUUCAUAUUUCUAAACUUUAAAAAUUUUAGAUAGUUGCAUGA